AUGUCUGUAAAGCUUUUAAAAAACCUUUGUUCAUGUCAAACAUCCGAACCUCGUCGUGAUAAAUUAAUCAUUUAUGAAAUACUCGUUCGAUUAUUUGGUAAUCAAAAUUUAACGAAUACUAUUCAUGGAACUAUAGAACAAAAUGGUGUCGGUAAAAUGAAUGAUAUCAGUGAUCUAGCCUUGAAAGAAUUAAAAAGAUUUGGAUAUACACACGUAUGGUAUUGUGGACUUCUUGAACAUGCGACAAUAACUGAUUAUACAGUCUACGGCAUUCGUAAAGAUAAUCCUUAUAUUGUCAAAGGUUUAGCUGGUUCACCCUAUGCAAUAAAAGAUUAUUAUGAUAUUGAUCCGGAUAUAGCCGUUGACAUUCCAAAUCGCAUGAGUGAAUUUGAAAAAUUAAUGCAACGUACUCAUGCUCAUGGUCUUCAAGUUAUUAUGGAUUUUAUUCCUAAUCAUGUUGCUAGAGAAUAUGGUUCUGAUGUUCGACCUGAAGAAGAUUUAGGUAUCAAUGAUGAUCGAACGAAAUCGUUUAGUCCAACAAAUGACUUUUAUUAUAUUGAAAAUGAAGACUUUCAAAUGUAUAAUGUUGAACAUAUACCUCCGUGCAUUGAUAUAUCGACAGUACCAAAAUAUACUGAAAAACCAGCACGCGCAACAGGCAACGAUGUAUUUCAUUCGAGACCAUCAAUGACAGAUUGGUUUGAAACUAUUAAAUUAAAUUAUGGAAUUGAUAACGCUACGGGUAAAAAUUAUUUUAACCCACGGCCACCACUCUGGGAUAAAAUCUUUCGAAUUUUAUCGUAUUGGAUUGAUAAAGGAAUUGAUGGUUUUCGUUGUGAUAUGGCAGAAAUGGUUCCUGUUGAGUUUUGGCAUUGGUUAAUAGCUACAAUACGUCAAGCAUAUCCUGAUCGACGAAUUGUUUUUAUUGCUGAAAUUUAUCGAUCGGAUUUGUAUCAACGUUAUGUUGAAUAUGGUCUUUUUGAUUAUCUAUAUGAUAAAAUAGGAUUAUAUGAUUGUUUACAUCGUUUAUUAGGAGAAGAAUCAGUUUCAGGAAACUGUAAUGAUAUAACACGUAUUCAUAAUGAAGUAAAUUAUAUUGAUAGACAUAUGGUAAGAUUUUUGGAAAAUCACGAUGAAGUUAGAAUUGCUGCAAAACAAUUUACAGGAAACCCAUGGAAAUCAAUACCAGCUGCUGUUUGUACGGCUACUAUGCAUUCGGGUCCGUUUAUGAUUUAUUUUGGACAAGAAAUUGGUGUCGAUAGUGUAGGACCCAAAGGUUUUCAAGGAGAUGAUGGUCGAACAACUAUUUUUGAUUAUUGGGGAAUCCCUGAAUAUCAAGCUUGGCAUAAUAAAGGUGCAUGUGAUGGCGGUCAAUUGACAACUUCACAAAAAGCUCUACGAUCAUUCUAUGAAACUCUUAUAAAACUUAUUCAUGAUUAUAAAGCUUUACAUUGUGUUUCAUCGAAAUUGAUUGAUUUACAAUUUGCUAAUCAUUCAUUAUAUGAUACAAGAAAAAUCUAUUCUUUUAUUCGAUAUCACGAUCAUGAUGAACAAUUACUAUUUAUAUUAAAUUUCGAUUAUAAAAAUAAUUAUGAUAUUGAAUUAGCCAUACCAAAUGAAAUAUGGUCAGUCUUGGGAUUAGAUACAACAAAAUUGUAUACACUUCAAGAAGUGUUUAUUGAUAGAACACUCAAAUUGGAAUUACGUGCAAAUGAACAUAUUCGUCUCAGACUUCCAGGCAAUCAAGUCUAUGUUUUCCAGGUGCAAAAAUAA